CACCCUCCAAAUACAUAAACUUGCAUGCCUCUCUCUCUCUCUCUCUCUCUCUUGAUUCUUUUCUCUUCUUUGUUCUUGCACUUUGUGCUCAUGGAAACUAGCACCACUAAUGUUGCUGCUGCUGCUGCAGCACCUGCAGGGCCACUGGGCAACCGUACCCUUAAACAGAAUCAUUCUCUUUCUCAUAUUCCUAGCCAACACCAUACCAUACUUUCCUCCACCUCCUUCCUUAUCAUUAUCAUAUCAGGCAUCUCCGUUAUUGUACUUUUCCUCAUCUUUCUAAUUAUAGUCAUGCUUCGAAGACUCAAAUCUGCUAAAAAUAGAAGCAGAAGUUUUAAAGACAAUGUUUGUAUGAACAACAAUAGUUGCAGGUUCAUUGCUCAUACCAACAUAACAUUCACUUCUAGCCCAGAUGUGAAGGGAGGAGGGUGUCUAUAUGGAAGCAAUUUGGGUCAUAAAUCUCCAAGAAAGUAUGGAGGAGCCCAAGUUUUCACAUACAAGGAUCUUGAAGUGGCCACAGACAGAUUCAAUGAAGCAAAUGUGAUCGGAAGUGGAGAAUACGGAGUGGUGUAUAGAGGUAUCCUAGCGGAUGGUACUGUGGCUGCCAUUAAGAUGCUGCGUAGGCAAGGAAAGCAAGGGGAGCGUGCCUUCAGGAUAGAGGUAGACCUUCUAAGCAGGUUGCACUCCCCUUACUUGGUGGAACUACUUGGCUACUGUGCUGACCAGCACCAUAGGCUCCUAAUAUUUGAAUUCAUGUCUAAUGGUACUCUUCAAAACCAUCUCCAUCACAAGCGAUUUCAGCCAUUGGAUUGGGGAACCCGAUUGCAGAUAGCCCUUGAUUGUGCUAGGGCCCUAGAGUUCCUUCAUGAGCAUACAUUCCCAGCAGUUAUCCACCGUGAUUUUAAGUGCAGCAACAUUUUGCUUGAUCAAAAUUUCCAUGCCAAAGUUUCAGAUUUUGGAUUUGCCAAGAUGGGUUCAGAAAAGAUCAAUGGUCAGACGUUGACACGGGUGCUGGGAACCACAGGUUAUCUAGCUCCAGAGUAUGCCUCAACAGGUAAGCUUACGACAAAAUCAGAUGUAUACAGCUAUGGCGUGGUUCUUUUACAGCUGUUAACUGGCCGGAUACCGGUGGACACCAAGCGGCCUCCUGGUGAACAUGUCCUUGUCUCCUGGGCUCUUCCAAGGUUAACUAAUAGAGAGAAGGCAGUGGAAAUGGUUGACCCAGCUCUGCGAGGCCUUUACUCAAAGAAAGAUUUAAUUCAGGUAGCAGCCAUUGCAGCCAUGUGUGUGCAACCAGAAGCAGAUUACCGGCCUUUAAUGACAGAUGUGGUGCAGUCACUAAUCCCUCUGGUCAAGAACCUCUCUUCAAUAUCUUCCUCUGCUUCCUCUAGAGUUCAGAAUCAAAUAGUUAGUCCCAGGUCCUAGGGACAGUUGAGAAAUUGUAAAAUUGUACUACUCUCUGCUGCUUCAUCGUACAUUGUCAGGUUGAAGAAAUUAAAAAAACGAAGGCUUUUGAAGAAUAAAGUGAGCCACCAUGCGAUAUUUUGUUUUCCCUGGGACCGGCCAUCCUGUAUUGGCAAAUGGUGACACUACCUCUGACAUCCAUUGUUUCACUUCCUCUGAAAAUGAGCAAAGGGCCUUCUUGGAAUGCAGAGGGAGAGUCUGAUUAUAGAUUUAUGGCGUUCAUCUUAAUGAUUUGAUUGAACUCAUUUUCUACAAUUUAGAAUUGAAACAAAGGUGUUUAUGUGACUA